AGUAAGGUUGGAUUUAUUGCGUUUAUAGCCAAGGUGAUCAACUGCACUGCACUGAUGCAGCGGAAAUCACAUAAAAUAGAUGUGGUAGUUGCAGCAGCAGAGAAAUAUUUUGGGGUGAGAGAUUUUACUCUAGAUCUACAGGGCGUUUUGAGAGGUGGUGCCAUCCUCCCAGGCCGACAGCCUAAUGUAGGAUCGUUUAGGGUCAAAGUAGCGGGAUGGGGUGCUGGGUUUUGGGGGAUAGUGUAUAGGUGCAGGAUUAGAUGGUUGUACAAUUUAGGAUUUUCCCAUUACCCUUUUCUUUUUGUGACCAAAAUUUGCAAUCUGCACUCCAAACUACGAAAGGCAGCAACACAGCGUCUAGUCUGCCGGGAAAACCACACGAAGAAGAAAACACUUCCUAGUUAACAACAGGAGCCUCAGCACCUUCUAUUGCUAGUCAAAUCGUGAAAAGUAUUACACAAUUGAUAAAAUGGGCAAGCGAUCUAGUAAGAUGUGAAAGUAUCUAACGUCAGCUUGCUAGCUACAUGAUAAGAAAAUGACACGGCAUGUCUUUAUCCCUUUCAUUACCUACCUAGGAAUAGAGUAACGUUAAUUACAGUAGCUAGCUUAGCUGCUAGCUGAUUUAUUGUCGAACAGGUUGGACAACUAACGCUAUGGCUUCUAUCAUGGAACGUGUCCUGUCCAAGCUUAUGAAUAAAAAUGUACUUUUCACUGUGUCGUUUCUCGUACGACUUGUUUUGGUCAGUUUUGGCGUCUAUCAGGACAGAACUAUGGUGGUGAAAUACACUGAUGUUGAUUAUCACGUGUUUACAGAUGCGUCGAAGUUCAUCACGCAGGGCCAGUCUCCAUACCACAGAUCCACCUACCGCUACACCCCUCUACUAGCAUGGAUCCUGACCCCUAACGUCUACCUCAGCCAUGUCUUCGGGAAGCUUCUCUUCAUCACAUGCGACGUGCUCUCAGGCCACCUGAUCUACCUUAUCCUUCGCCAGCGGGGACUUAGCUGCGAGGCUGCCUGCCGUGUCUUCCUGUGGCUACUCAACCCGUUACCGGCCGGUGUGUCCAGCCGAGGCAAUGCCGAGUCGGUCCUAACAGCCCUGGUUCUGGCCACACUGCUCUGCCUGGAGCUGAGGCAGCUCCCCAUGGCAGCCAUCUUGUACGGCCUGGCAGUCCACAUGAAAAUUUACCCGGUGACUUAUGCCCUGCCUAUUGCCCUAUCCCUACAGAGAAAGGAGAAUGUGGAGGAGAGGGGAGUGGGGUGGUGGAGGAGAGCUCUUGGGUUUCUCCUCAGGCUAUUGAAUAAGGAGCUGUUUCUGUUUGCCGGUGUGGCCGGAGUGGUGUUCUGCGGAUUGACUGUCCUGUUUUAUAACAUGUACGGCUGGGACUUCCUCCAGGAAACCUACCUGUACCACCUGACGCGGAGGGACAUCCGCCACAACUUCUCCCCUUACUUCUACAUGCUGUACCUGACUGCAGACAGCCCCUGGAGCCUGGCCCUGGGUCUGGCUGCCUUCCUGCCCCAAGCCCUGCUGCUGUUCCUGGUCUCCCUGGCCUUCCACACAGACCUGGCCCUCUGCUGCUUCCUCCACACCGCCAUCUUUGUCUCCUUCAACAAAGUCUGCACCUCCCAGUACUUCCUGUGGUAUCUAUGUCUGUUUCCUCUCGUCCUACCUCGACUGACCCUGUCACCAAAACAAGGAGUAGAACUCUUGGCUCUCUGGUUUGCUGGACAGGGUAUAUGGUUGGCCCCUGCAUACUACCUGGAGUUUGAGGGAUACAACACCUUUCUGCUCAUUUGGCUGGCUGGACUGAUGUUCUUGAUCAUUAACUCAUUCAUUAUGGUACAGAUUAUAACCCAUUACAAACCAUCAGACACUACGCAGAGAUUGAAAGCAGAGUGAUAUCCGGACAACUACUUGAACACUUAAUUCUACGCUCCUUGGAUGUAAGGGAUCAAGUGAAGACAUUUCACUAGUAGACAACUUAGUUGCUGAUAAUUGCAAUGCAUUUGUUAUUUUGUCUAUAUGGGAAUUUUGUAUAUAUAAAAACAAAAAUACCUGUCAUGGAUGCUAUUCGAUGGA